AUGCUCACAGAUAAUUUGAAAUUUAACCUUUGCAUUGUUGACAUUGCCAAAAACGAAAAGAAAAUUAAAAAAAUUAAUAAACUGGCCGACAUGGCUGUGGUUGUGCUGGAUAAUGGCGCGUACACAGCCAAAGUGGGACUCGCCACGCAGGACGAGCCCCAGGUGGUGCCCAAUUGUAUAAUGAAGGCAAAAAGCGAGAGGCGUCGCGCAUUUGUGGGCAACCAAAUCGACGAAUGUCGCGACACCUCUGCCCUGUUUUACAUCCUAGCCUUUCAGCGUGGCUAUUUACUUAAUUGGGACACCCAGAAAACAGUGUGGGACUAUAUAUUCAGCAAGGAUGGCAUUGGCUGUACACUGGAGCAUCGCAACAUUGUCAUCACCGAACCGCAAAUGAAUUUCCAGAGCGUUCAGGAAGCAAUGCUCGAGAUGCUCUUCGAAGAAUAUCGUGUUGCUGGGAUGUACAAAACAACAGCUGCGGAUUUGGCUGCAUUUAACUACGUAGCAGACAGCGAAGAGCGGACCACAAUGCAAACGCUCAAUUGCAUCAUCAUCGAUGUUGGAUACAGCUUCACGCAUAUUGUGCCUUUUGUGCUGGGUCGACGUGUCCUGGAGGCAAUUCGACGUAUUGAUGUUGGUGGCAAAGCGUUAACGAAUCAUCUCAAAGAGCUCAUCUCGUAUCGUCAUCUGAAUGUUAUGGAUGAGAGCCAUGUGGUGAAUCAGAUCAAAGAGGAUGUUUGCUUUGUGGCCGAAGAUUUCAAGGAUGCGAUGACCGUGCAUCAGAGCGAGAAACGUCGCAAGGAAGUUGCCGUCGAAUAUGUUCUGCCCGAUUUUACGACCGUAAAACGUGGCUACAUUCGUGUGCCUGGCCACCCACGUGUCGAUGAGGAUCAACAGCAAAUGGUGCCGCUCUGCAAUGAGCGUUUCACUGUUCCGGAGCUGCUCUUCAAUCCCUCAGACAUCGGCAUCACACAAGUGGGCAUACCGGAAGCUGUGGCUGACGCCCUACGUGCGUGUCCCUGGCAGGCCCAUCGCGAACUCUUACUCAACAUUCUCAUUGUGGGUGGCAGUGCGCAAUUUCCUGGCUUCUUGCCACGCCUCAAACGGGAUUUGCGCGCUCUCGUCCCAGACGACUUGGAGGUCUCACUCAUUUGUCCAGAGGAUCCAGUGCGCUAUGCUUGGUAUGGAGGACGCGAAGUGGCCACAAGUCCAAAUUUUGAUGAAUUCAUCUAUACGCGGGAUGAUUAUGAAGAAUUUGGCAUUCAUGGACUGCAGCAUCGUUAAUCAUUAUGCAAUACCCACCUCCCAUUGAUUAGGUUUAAAGCAAUUAAUUGUACAGCUCAAUAAGUGUAUCUCGUUCUUCUGCAUGUGUGUGUGUGCCAUGAAAUGAAUGUAUUAUAUAUAUAGGUC